UAUUGCACCAGUCAUUCCUCCACCCCGCGCCCGCUCACUCCUGCCGGAGGCCCUGCUCUUCCUGCACCUCUCCUCCUCCUCCUCCUCCUCUUCCUGCACUCUACACCAGCCUAGGCUCAGGGAGAGACAAUAUUCAGAGUUUAAGACACUCGCCAUAUUGAGAGGACGCCAUCUGGAGGCUGGGAGACACACUGACGGUGUCGCCCCAGCACUGCGGGCUGCUCCCGGCCCGCUCACACACCUGCUAAUAUAUACACUUCCCCACGCUGCUCUGCCACCAUCUCACCUCGGCAACUACCACCAAAAGUGACAAGCAAGAACCAUGGAAGAAAUUGUAACAAAUGCACAUUUGUCACAGUUUCUGAUAUUACAAUUCAUGUGGCAUGAUUGAGGAGCAUUGUUGUUGCCUCUGAGGGACGAGAGGAGCAGCAUGUGGCGGAGGGCAGCCUUCGUCAGCAGGUGUAGCUGGCUGGGGCUCCGUACUGGCUGCCUCACCAUCGCUGCCCUCUACCUGAUGGUGUCGAUGAUCGGGAUAAUCUUGGCCAGCAAGAGCAUCGCCGCUGAGGGAGGCGUGAGCGGCCGAGCUGGACAAGACCUUGGCCACCCAGAGAACUGGACAGUAUUAGCGGUCUCCGUCGCCUUCGUCUUCUUCGACGCCUUGCUCAUCGUCGGUGUGGUGAAGAGCAGUUACGUGGCAGUGAUGUUCUGGGUGUUGGCUCUGCUUGUGUCCAUAGAGGUGAACUUGGUGUUGGUGGUGCGGGACCUCGUCCAGCCUGGCUUCCCCCUCCACCACGCGCUGCUCCGUCUGACCGCUGCUCUCCUCCAAGCUCUCACCAUAGCCGUCGUCCAUUCCUACUCUCUCACACUACCCACCUAGACGUCUGGCUUACGUUGGAGGAACCUGGUCGACUGCCUGACACGCUACUGGAACCUGGUCGAGUGCCUGACACGCUACUGGAACCUGGUCGAGUACCUGACACGCUGCAGGGACCUGGUCGAGUGCCUGACACGCUACUGGAACCUGGUCGAGUGCCUGACACGCUGCAGGGACCUGGUCGAGUGCCUGACACGCUGCAGGGACCUGGUCGAGUGCCUGACACGCUGCAGGAACUUGGUCGAGUGCCUGACACGCUGCAGAAACCUGGUCGAGUGCCUGACACGCUGCAGGGACCUGGUCGAGUGCCUGACACGCUGCAGGAACCUGGUCGAGUGCCUGACACGCUGCAGGGACCUGGUCGAGUGCCUGACACGCUGGAAGAGACAAGCUGGCUCUCCACAUCAGUAAUACUUGCUCCAGUGGUCUUAACCGAAGAGGCGUGCCCAACUGCGUCUACAGUAGAAGAUUCGGGACAUGAGCAGAAAUGUGCAUCAUAUACAGUAGAAUACCCGAGUGGUGAGCAGAAAGUGGGAGACGUUUUGGUAGUAAAAGACUCUGGUCAUGGUCAAUAGAAGACCCUAUGUCAUGACCAUUAUACCAUAUAUAAUAUAAUAAGCAUACAUAAAACUAAUACAAGAUAAAGGAACAAGAUGGUGAAGAAAUUCAAAUACAUAGUGUUACAACAAGCGCUAGGACAUGUAUAUCAUUAGUAUUAGACACGCGGGAACCGCAGCGGCUGUAAGGAACAAGACUAUACUCCGUCCUGUCCUUGAGCUCGGAGCACUCUUCCCUUACCGUGUCCUCUCGGGUCAUUCAUGGGGCCGGUAGACGACCCACAGCACCUCCACACCUUGCCACAAGCAGUCUCGAGUGAUUAAUGAUCAAACUUAUUAUGUUGAGACCACCGUCACUUCCACCUAUUUCGCCUAAACCAGACAAAAAGGGGAGACCUCUUUGUGUUCAUUCUGCCUUGAGCGCCCUUGCCAGCACUCUCUCUCUCUCUCUCUCUCUCUCUCUCUCUCUCUCUCUCU